AGAUACAUUAUUUGCAAAAUGUGCUAAUUUGCUUAUUCUUUCUUCAAAACUCCCGAAAGAAACACUAGAUGAAAAAUCAAUUCCUCCCGGACAAAGUGAAACUUUAAUUUCAUCAUCGUUUGAAAAUUCAUUAUUUAAAAAACGUUCAGUUUUACGUAUUCCAUCAAUCCAUACAGCAGAAUAUACAGAACUAAACCCUCCCUGA